AUGCCGCGGGCUGCCGUGCUGCUGCUGCCGCCUCUGCUGGCCCUCUGCGGGGCCACCGAGGGGCUGGGGGGUCCCGGGCUGCCCCCCGGCCCCCGGCGGUACGCGGCCCGCCUGCCCCCGGGGGCGAGGGUGGGCGACACCGUGUUCACCCUGCCGCCGGGCCGGGAGGCGGGCGGCUGGUUCGAGAUGGCGGCCCCCGGGCAGGCCCCGCUGGGGGUGGACAGGGCGUCGGGGCGCCUCUACCUCAGGGGGGAGCUGCCCGCGGGCGGCGGCGCCGAGGCGCUCGUCAAGGUGCACAGAGGAGGGGGACGAGACAACGACUGGUACCUCUGCCACGUCACCCUGCUGGCCCCAGAGGAGGAGCUCCUGUCCUGGGCCAUGUACCCGUACCCCUACCUGGCACGCGUUGAUCCAGACGCCCGCAAAGGCACCCUCGUCUACCAGCUCGCUGCACGAUACAGUACCAGCGAAAACACCAGCGCUGGCCUAACUUACACACUAGUUGCAGGUGGUGAGGAGCGAUUUCAGGUAGAUGCAGACACCGGGGUUAUCAGGACGACGGGCCUGCCUCUGGCGUGGAACAAGGAGUACGUGGUCACCGUGCAAGCCUCGGAUGAGUAUGGCAGCAAGAGCCCCUAUGCCUCCAUCUCCGUCCUGGCAGGCUCCCGGCCUCCGCAGUUCACUAACAUGUCCUACAGCGUGUUUGUCCCCGAAAAUACUCCGGCGGGAGAAAAAAUAGCAGUGGUCGAGGCUGUUUCCUUCCAGAGCCAGCCCCUUUCGUACUCGCUGCUGACGAACCCCAGCGGGCUGUUCAGCGUCAGGCAGGGGAGCGGGGAGCUCCACCUGAGCCAGCCUGUGGACUACGAGGGCGAGCACCACCUCUACCACCUCCUCCUGAAAGCCACGGAAGCUGAGAGCGAGCUGAGCAGCGUGACCGAGGUUGUGGUCCAUAUCACGGAUGAAAACGACUGUUCUCCUGAGUUCCAGCACUCCAUUUACACCAGGGACAACAUUCCUGAAACCGUUCCUGUCGGCACGUCUCUUCUGCAAGUUCUUGCCACAGACUGCGACUCUGGCUCCAACUCAGAGAUCUCCUACUUCGUCCAGAGCACUGAUUUUUCCAUCACGCACCACGGGGUCAUCAAUUCUAACCAGAGGCUGAACUUUGAGCGAGCAAACCAUAUGUAUGAGUUCGUGGUGAUAGCUGUCGAUAAAGGACAUCCCCCUCGGACAGGAACCGCGUCCGUGCGCGUUCGAAUGGCCAACGUGAAUGACGAGGCUCCUGUGUUCUCCCAGCCCGUUUACAGAACCUUCAUCUCAGAAGACGCUGGUCCCAGUACCUUGGUGGCCACUGUCCAGGCCAAAGACCCUGAUGGAGAUGGGGUGCUGUACCUAAUUGCUGGAGGUAACGAGGAGGGCAAUUUUGAACUGGAUAGUCAGAAAGGUAUCAUUAAGCUCCGCCGAAGCCCGCUGCCCAGCCUGAAAGGGCCGCAGUACGUACUGAACAUCACUGCCAUAGAUGACAACAUCUCAGGGGGGCCCACCCCUCUCAGCAGUUUUGCUGAGGUUAUUGUAGGAGUUAAUGACGUAAAUAACAACAAGCCUGUCUUCAGAGAGUGCACUUACUACAGUGACAGCACCUGGGUUCUGGAGAACCAGCCUCCAGGGACGUACGUGCUGCAGGUGAAAGCCUACGAUGCAGACCUCGGCGUUAAUGGAGAGGUGAAGUACGGGCUCAUGCACCGCGACGGAGCUUCCCUGGGCUUCAGCAUUGACCCAGACACAGGGGUCAUCACCACCACGCAGAGCUUUGACCGCGAGAAGCAGAGAGAGCACACACUGUCUGUUACCGCCACCGACCAAGCGCAGGAGCCGCUGAUCGGCGUCUGUCAGAUCACCAUCUUUAUCGCUGACGUCAAUGACAACGAUCCCAAGUUUGAGAACAGUCGCUAUCAGUAUUUCCUCAGCGAAGACACUCCAGUGGGGACGAGUUUCCUCCGUAUUGCAGCUCAUGACAGUGACCAAGGUGUGAACGCGGCCGUCACUUAUUCAAUGUUGGAGCAUCAAGUGGAGUACUUCCAGAUCAACCCCAGCACGGGCUGGGUGUAUGUGAACCGCCUGAUCUCCCAGGCCACUCGCAUUAGUUGCUAUGUUGUAGCAACAGAUGGAGGCAACAGAAGCAGCACUGUGGAGCUGACCGUAACCAUCACCAGUGUGCUCAGCCAGCUGCCCCGGUGGGAGCGGAGCAGAUACUGGGUAACAAUCCCCGAAAACACCAUCCGUGACACCAGGAUAGUGACCAUCAAAGCCACAUCCCCUCUUGGUGAUCCCAGGGUUACGUAUAACCUGGAGGAGGGUCAAGUUCCAGAGACAAACAUGCCAGUUCGUUUCUACCUGAAGCCAAACAGAGCCGAUGGAUCUGCUUCUAUUCUGGUCGCUGAACCACUUGACUUCGAGACAACCAAGUUCUUCACCCUGCGAGUCUGGGCACAAAACGUAGCGAUGAUGCCUCUAGCUUCCUUCACCACUGUUUGUGUUAAUGUAACAGAUGUCAACGAUAACGUGCCAUUCUUCAUGUCUUCCAGCUACGAGGUGUCCGUGCCAGAAGGAGCUGAUGUUGGCACAUCUGUGGUUCAGGUUUUAGCUACAGACUUGGAUUCUGGUCUACACGGAGAGGUUCACUACUUUAUAUUGAAAGAUGCUAGUGAGGACUACAGGUUCUUCACCAUUGAGCGCAAAACAGGAAUUAUUUCCACACAUGCGUCUUUUGACAGAGAGGAAAGAGCGUCCUACUUGAUUGAAGUUCAGUCUCAGGACUCUUCAGAAUCUGCUAGGCCUGGUGUCCAUGGGCAGCCCAAUACAGACACAGCCUACGUAAGGAUUUUUGUCAGUGAUGUGAAUGACAACACCCCGGCAUUUCCUCAGUCGGUGUAUGAGAUCAGCAUAGAUGAGGACAGGGACGUUGGAAGUCCUGUUGUGACGGCAACAGCAAAUGAUCAAGAUGAAGGUGCAAACGCCAAACUCAGGUACCAGAUCACAUCAGGAAAUGCGGAAGGAGUUUUUGAUGUGGAACCUGAGGCUGGAACUGUCUUCAUUGUUCAGUCACUGGAUUAUGAACAAGAACAACGUUAUGAGCUCCGGCUUGUAGCAUCUGAUGGAAAGUGGGAAAAUCACACUCUUAUCAUCAUCAAUGUUGUGAAUAAGAACGAUGAAGCACCAGUCUUCACUCAGAAUGAGUAUUAUGGCAGUGUCCUGGAGGAACUCACAGAUCUGCCUGCGUUUGUUCUAAAGGUUUCUGCAACAGACCCCGACCAAGCAGCUGAUCAAAAUGCCAUUAGCUAUUCCCUGCACGGACAGGGGGCCGGUAGCGAAUUCAGCAUCAACGAGAACACGGGCGAGAUCAGCACAAGCAGAAGGUUGGACCGCGAGAAGCGAUCAACAUGGCGCUUCCUCGUUCUAGCAACAGAUGAGAGUGGAGAGGGACUGACUGGCUUCGCAGAUGUUAUCAUAGAAGUGAGGGACGUGAACGACAACGCGCCCCUUUUCCUCUGUGUCUCGGAUAGUUGUUUCACGGGUCACAUCCCUGAGGAUUCCCCAGCAGACACGGCUGUUAUGGACAUGACCGCAGUGGACUUUGAUGACCCAAAAGCUGGCACGAAUGCUGUACUAACCUACAGAAUCGUUCAGAACGUCCAAAAUGAAAUUAACCUGAACUUGUUCUCAAUUAACUCCGUUAGCGGCACCAUCUAUACCAUGCUUGGCUCCCUGGACCGGGAGAAGGAAGACAGGUACAUACUGGUGGUGGAGGCCAAAGACGGAGGAGGGCUCACUGGGACAGGCACCGCCACUAUUUUGGUGACUGAUGUGAACGACCAUGCUCCGGUCUUCCUGCAAAGAAUCUACACGGCAUUUGUCUCCGAGAACGCGAGCAUUAACACCGAGGUCGCAGUGGUGUCUGCCGUGGACAGAGAUGAGGGGGAAAAUGCCGUGGUGACAUUCAGCAUCCUCGACGGCGACAACGACCGCAAGUUCUCCAUGGAGACAGAUAAAGUCAACAACUGCGGGUUCAUCCGGCUGCGAAAGCGGAUUGACUUUGAGAAGCCUCACGAGAGGGUGUUCAAUUUGACUCUGAAAGCAGAGGACAUGGAUUUCUUCAGCAUCGCUCACUGUGUGAUCUACGUGGAGGAUGCCAAUGACCAUGCUCCGGUCUUCUACCCCCAAUUCUAUGAAGUGGCUGCUCUGGGGGAAGACGUGCCUGUAGGCACCAAAGUUGUUCAGGUGUCUGCUGUUGACUUGGAUUCUGGCCUGAACGGAAGGUUUUCUUUCCACCUGCUGAACAAGUCUGACCCAGGUGGCCAGUUCUCUGUGGCUAGUGAUGGCUGGGUGGUGGUUGCAGGACUGCUGGAUUAUGAGGCAGUGACGCGGUACCAGCUCAUCGUUAUUGCCACAGAUAUGGGGCAGCCCCCUCUGGCAGGCAGUGCCACUGUUCUAGUGACUCUGCGGGAUGUAAAUGACAACGGGCCAGAGUUUGAGGCUCAUUAUAACCCAGUGGUCUGGGAAAACACAGCUUCUCCUCAGGUAGUCCAAAUGAAUGAGACGUCUGCUUUGCUGUAUGCUAAGGACCGAGACACUGCUGCUAACGGAGCACCCUUCUCCUUCCAUUUACUCAGCAAUUUUGAUAGUCUGGAUAACUUCCACUUGCAGGAUUUCCAUAAUGGAAGUGCCCAGCUCACUGCAUUGCGUACCUUUGACAGGGAAAUGCACAAGGUCUUCUACCUGCCCAUCCUGAUCACAGACAGCGGGAUUCCACCGAUGAGCUCCACCAACACAUUAACUGUGAAUAUUGGGGACCAGAACGACCACCCGCAUUCUGCUGGUUACAUGGAGUGCCUCAUCUACAGCUACGAUGGUAUCCUACCCAUGACCAUCCUGGGACAAGUCCGUGCCCCUGAUAAUGAUGAUUGGGAUCGCAAAAUCUACCAAUUUGAAGGAAAAACAUCAAGGUACUUUAUCCUUAAUGAUAACUCAGGUUUGCUGACUAUUAAAGAAGGAACCCCACCAGGAACAUACAACAUAAGAGUUAGAGUCAUUGAUGGAGUCUGGCCAGACGUUGUCUCAACCGUAAAGGUUACGGUGAAGGAGAUCAAAGAUGAUGCCCUCCGUAAUGCUGGUUCUAUACGAAUAAAAGGUAUCACCCCAGAGGAGUUCAUAUCCCAAUCCCCUGAAAAAGAGAGUAAAUACAACCAGAUGAAGAAGCUGCUUUCAGAAAUCAUGUCUGCCCCAUUUGAAAAUGUUCACAUUUUCAGUGUGUUAAAUAGCCCAAGUCAAACCCAAGGCGUUGAUGUUUGGUUUGCAGUUUAUGGUCCACCCUAUUAUAAAGCAGAAAAACUUAAUGGCAACGUUGCAGCCUCCAGAGCGUGGCUGGAAAACAUCUUGGAUAUAAAUAUCACCCAGAUUGGCAUUGACGAAUGUGUGACUGCAAACUGCACUCAUAGCAGCGGAUGCAUCAGCAAGUAUGAGCAGAGUCAUGUGCCAACGAUAACCACAGCUGGAAGUGUUUCGCUGGUGUCUGUGACAGUCCUGAGCAGUGCCCUGUGUGGCUGUGCAGCUCGGGAGAGUUCCCAUCUCUCCUGCUCCUCAUACAAGACGAACCCUUGUCUCAACGGUGGCACGUGUGUGGAUACUGAUUUGGGCUACAGAUGCAAAUGCUCUCCUAAUUUCCACGGACCAGACUGCCAGCAGACAAAACACAGCUUCAGAGGCCACGGUUACGCCUGGUUCCCUCCUCUCAAGCCUUGCUUUGAGAGCCGCAUCUCCUUGGAGUUUAUCACCGAAGUCCCCGACGGCCUUCUGUUGUACCAGGGACCAGUAGCACGAGGGCAGCCUGGAGAGCUGAAAGAUUUCGUGGCGUUGGAGCUUUCUGGUGGUGUCCCAUCGCUGACUGUCAGCCAUGGCUCUGGCGAGCUUUUCCUGCAGCUGUCCCCAAAAGUUAAUGUCGCAGAUCGUCGCUGGCACAAUAUAAAAAUUAUAAAUGAUGGAAAGAAAGUGAAGCUGGUUCUUGACCACUGCGUAAACAUCAUUAGAGAUAGCAACAGCGUUGUUAAGAAGAUGUCCCCAGUGGAUCUGUCUGCCUGUGAAGCCUCUGAAGAGACUGUGGAAACUUGGAGCAUGGGUAGGCUCUUCAGUGGCCAUCAGCCCCUACAGCUGGGGGGCGUUAAGAAGACUUUGCCUUACCACACCUCACAAAAGCACUUCAAAGGGUUUGUUGGCUGCAUUCGCAACGUUGUCGUUGACAGUAAGGUCUAUGAUUUAGAGCACCCUGCAGAGUCCUUGAACAGCGCUCCCGGGUGCGUCCUUACGGAUGAAAUGUGUCAGAGCGCUGGGGUGGCCUCCUGUGGUGUCCAUGGCAAGUGCGUUGGUGGCUGGGACUUCUUUCGCUGUGACUGCUCCCCAGGAUAUGCUGGCCCAGCAUGUGACAAAGUUCUUCCAGAGUGGGCUUUUGGAAGGGACAGCUGGAUCCACUACGAGCCGAGGAGCACUCGCAGCACUCGGAGCACUCGGAUCCGGCUGAUGGUGCGCACCCGCAUCUCCCGCAGCACCCUGCUCAGCUUGGCCUCUGCAGAUGGGAGCGGGUACCUGCGGCUGGAGGUGGAUGGGGGGUUUUUUUGCGUUAACAUCAGCUUGGGGGACAAAAAUCACUCUCUGAGAAUGAAGACGUUACGUAUAAAUAGCGGCCAGUGGGUUCUGCUGACCAUGGAGCGCUACAACAACGAAUUUACUCUGCGUGUUAACAGUGGUGGAGGUGAUCAAGAAGUGACCUCUGUUUUGGGCACGAACAGAUGGUUUGAAAUGGAUUGGGCAAGCGUUGUGCUAGGAAACCGCUUUCCCAGUCAUUCAGAGAGCGAUUUCCAAGGUUGUUUACGUGAUGUCCAGCUGAAUGGUCAGCCACUUCUCGUGGAAGGCAAGAGCACAGAGUUUGGCUUAAUUCUGAGGCGGCAGGGUGUCACGAUGGGAUGCCAUUCCAGUGCCUGCAGCAGCCAGCCCUGUUACAGCCCUUUCCUUUGUGUAGACCUGUGGAGAAAAUACGAAUGCCGGUGUCCAGCUGGGAAAGUGGAAGUGGUUGAUAGCCUUACUGGGCUCAGACACUGUACCUCCUCAGCUUGCGGACACUGGACCUGUAGGAAUGGAGGUACCUGCGUGGCUCAAUCCCAAGACAAGACCAUCUGCCAGUGCCCCGAAGGCUACAGGGGAAGAUGGUGUGAAAUUAGCCAGGUGAAGGCUGGAAGACCUGUUGGACUCAGCUCUGGCUCUAUUCUGGCUAUCAGCAUGUGUCUCCUUGUCUUCCUAGCUCUCUUGGUCUCUUACACGGUGUGGAGUCAGUGGGGAAGUUCAGGGUUUCGGAAAGGAGGAAUUUACCACAUUCCUGAAGAGCGUGAAAGCUGGGAGGAUGUUAGAGAAAAUGUCUUAAAUUAUAAUGAAGAAGGAGGUGGAGAACGUGACCAGACUGCUUACGAUAUAAAUGAACUGAAGAAACCUCUCCGUAACCUUCCCCACCUGACCUUGAGGGCAACUUCUCCAUACUCCAGGACACCCACUGGCCGAAAAAGAGACCCAGUACCAAAAUGUGCACAUCAAAAACAAGCAACAUCAGCUGUUGGAAGUGUUCCAGACUUCAAGGAAUAUGUUUCUCAAAUCAUCUGUGAUGCAGACAAUGAUCUACAGAGUUUCCCAGCUGACACUAUUCAUUUUUACUGCCUCGAAGGAGAAUGCUCUCUUGCAGGGAGCCUUAGUUCCUUAGACUCCAUUAGUGAUGAUGAAGAUCUAAAUUAUGAUUGCCUCCACGAGUGGGGGUCAAAGUUUGACAAACUUAAAGAACUCUGUGAGCUCUCAGAUGAACUUUUUUAA